ACCCAUUCUCUAACAGUCCAUACUCCCACAUUUCCCGUAAUCCCAUAUAUAUCUCAAAGCGCAUAUAUCUCCGGCCCGCGACGCGUAUAGUUGCAUUCCGUCGCGUCGCCCCACCCACCCACAAACUAUACCAUACCAUACCCACCACAAGUUUACAACACAACACAAAAUGUCGCCACCGACAGCAACAGCAACAGUAACAACAGCAACAGCAACAACAGUAGUCGAAGCCGAAGACGCACAGGGAAGAUCAAAGUUUAACUACCGCCACCUGCAGCAGCUCGCGCGGUACUCCGUCGACUCGCCGUUUCGCGUUGUCGCGCUUGUGGAUCUCGAUGCUUUCUACGUACGAUAUGGGUGCAAGGCGCAAUGUGAAAUGAAACGGCUAGGCGUGUCGCCCGAGCAGCCGCUCGCUGUGCAGCAAUGGCAGAACCUUAUUGCGGUCAACUACCCGAGCAGGGAGAAGGGCGUUUCGAGACAUAUCACCUCGGCCGAGGCGCGGAAACUAUGUCCGGACAUCCAGCUCGUGCACGUAGCAACGUGGAAAGCCGGCAAGACCACCUGGUCCUACGGCGACGGAUCCAGCGAGCCGGACAUGGCGACCAGCAAAGCGUGCCUCGACCCGUACCGUGCCGAGUCCAAAAAGAUCCUGUCGAUCUUCCAAUCCGUGUGCCCGAACGCGCGGACCGAGCGCGCGUCCAUCGAUGAAUCGUUUCUCGACCUGUCGCGCGACAUCCACGACCAGCUGCUGCUGCGGUAUCCCGUGCUGCGGGGGGCGCCGCCGGACGGCGAUUAUGCCGCGCUCCUGCCGGCACCGCCGAAAGGGGUGGUGCUGAACUGGAGUGAGAGUCAUCUAGUCACGAAUGUGGGGGAGGAUGAAGAGACGAGGGAGAUGCUCAUGGAGGAGGUGGAUUGGGAUGAUGUUGCUAUGGCGAUUGGGGCGGAGAUCACGAGGGGCCUCAGGGAUGAGGUGUUCACGCAGCUGGGGUAUACGUGUUCUGCGGGCGUGGCGGGGAAUAAGAUGAUUGCGAAACUGGGGGCGGGGUUCAAGAAGCCGAAUCAACAAAGCGUAGUACGCCCAUCCGCGGUUGAACCGUUUCUGGCCACAUUCAAGUUCACGAAGAUCCGCAAUCUCGGCGGCAAACUCGGCACACAGAUCGCCGAGCACUUCAAGACCGAAUCGCUCACAGAGCUCCUCUCCGUCUCACUCGCCUCCUUCCAGAGCCUUCUCUCCGACGACACCGCCACCUGGGUAUACAACACUAUCCGGGGCCACGACCGCUCCGCCGUGGAGCCCAAAUCAGGUAUCAAAUCCAUGCUAUCAGCCAAAUCCUUCCGGGACCCUUUGCCAUCGUCGAUCGCCGCGGCCCAACUAUGGAUAAAAGUGUUUAUCGCCGACAUUUGCUCACGGCUCGAGGACGAGGGGGUGAUGGAUGGCCGGCGACGACCCAAGACCAUGACCAUAUCGUUCACGAACAAGCACUCGGGGUCGCGGAACAAGCAGGUCUCCAUCCCGCCCGCGGGGAAGAUCGGAGCGGAGAUGCUGGCGAGGCUGGCGGAGGGCCUGUUGCGACAGGUUGCUGGUGAACCCGGUGUUUGGCCGUGCACCGGAUUGAGUCUGCAGGUCGCCGGGAUUCAGGAUCGCGAGGAGGGGAAUAGGGGUAUUGGCGCGUUUCUGAUCAAGGGCGAUAAGGCGAGGGAGGCGAAUAAACGACUCGGCGAGGGCGCGGCGGAAAGGCUGCCUACAGAGGAAAAGCGGAGGAAGGUCGAUAUUGCGGGACGGUUUUUUGCUGCGCCGGCACCGGUGCACGAGGAUGGCGGCGGCGGUGGUGGGCAUGCACAAGCACUCGAGGCCACCGCCGCGGAUGCACAGCCUACAUUCCGAUGUCCGGACUGCGGCGCGGAGAUUCCCGCCGGCGACGAGGACGAACACAAAGACUGGCAUUUCGCGCGCAGCCUGAUGCUCGAAGACCGAGCUGCAACCGCUAGGGAACGAGUGACGCAGGUUGCGCCGCCGGUGCCUAAGGGAAAGGCCAGUGGCAGCAGCAGCAGCGGCGGUGCUGGUGCUGGUGCUGGUGCUGGUGCUGGUGGGAAAGGGAAGAGGGGCAGGAAGGACCCGAAGAAGCUGGAGAAGGGGCAGAGGAAACUGGCGUUUUGA